UCCCAGCCAUCUUUCCGGUUCCAUCGGGCGAGCCGGCCGGCGCGCGCACAUGGCGGCGCACACUCCCUCCCUCAGCUACGGCGGCUGCAACUUCUUCCGCCAGCGCCUGGUCCUGUCCACCCUGAGCGGCCGGCCCGUCAAAAUCCGCAAGAUCCGCGCCAGAGACGAGAACCCCGGGCUCAGAGAUUUUGAAGCAAGCUUCAUCAGGCUGCUGGAUAAAAUAACUAAUGGCUCUAGAAUUGAAAUAAAUCAGACAGGUACGACCUUAUAUUAUCAGCCAGGUCUCCUGUACGGUGGUCCCGUGGAACACGACUGCAGUAUCCAUCGUGGGAUUGGGUAUUACCUAGAAAGCCUCCUUUGCUUAGCUCCAUUCAUGAAGCGCCCAUUAAAGAUAGUUCUCAGAGGAGUAACCAACGAUCAGGUAGACCCUUCGGUGGACGUUCUUAAAGCGACAGCUCUCCCUUUAUUGAAACAGUUUGGAAUAGAUGGUGAAGCAUUCGAGCUGAAGAUUGUCCGAAGAGGAAUGCCCCCCGGAGGGGGAGGCGAAGUCGUUUUCUCCUGUCCCGUGAGGAAGAUGUUGAGACCUAUUCAGCUCACGGAUCCGGGGAAGAUCAAACGCAUCCGAGGAAUGGCGUACUCUGUACGAGUGUCACCACAGAUAGCCAACCGGAUCGUGGAGUCUGCGAGGAGCAUCCUGAACAAAUUCAUCCCAGACAUCUAUAUUUACACAGACCACAUGAAAGGGGCCUAUUCUGGGAAGUCUCCGGGCUUCGGGCUCUCUCUUGUCGCCGAGACCACCAAUGGUACUUUCCUCAGUGCUGAAUUGGCCUCCAACCCCCGAGGUCAGGGAACUGCUGUGCUACCAGAAGACCUGGGCAAAAACUGUGCAAAGCUGUUGCUUGAAGAAGUUUUCCGAGGAGGCUGUGUGGAUUCUACCAACCAGAGCCUAGUCCUGCUCCUCAUGACCCUUGGACAGCAGGACGUUUCCAAAGUUCUCCUAGGACCUCUAUCACCCUACACGGUCGAGUUUUUGCGGCAUCUGAAAAGCUUCUUCCAGAUUAUGUUUAAAAUUGAAACCAAGCCUUGUAAUGAAGAAGUUAUAGGAGGGGAAAAGAUCCUGAUGACUUGUGUGGGUGUUGGCUUUUCCAAUCUCAGCAAGACCAUCAAGUAAAACCACUUCUGAGUAAAAGCAGUUGGCAGCGAAAGUGGACACGGCCAAGGACUUCCAAAGUGACCGGGCCGGCGUGGGCUCAUCUCUGAGCAGGAUGACUUCGGUCGAUGCGAAUGUUAUGUUCAGAAUGGAUGAAUAAACCAAAUUUCUUAAAAAAAAAAAAAA